AUGUGUAAUACAAAUCGUGGACCAUCUGCAUGCUUGGGAGAUUUCUGUGAUAUACACAAUCGAGAUGGUAAACGUGCUGCAUGUGGUGCUCUACGUCGAUCCCGUCAAACUAUUUUUUCAUGCGUUUUUAUACGCCAAAAUUCUAAUGACACUUACUGUCAUGUAAUAGGUAGUGUAACUGCAUGUUGGUGUAGACAAAUGGAUUUCUGCAAUGCCGAUUUGGAAGCUGAAUUAUUUGAUGUAGAUGAAAUUUCUGAUGAUAAUGGAUCUUCAAAAAAUCUAUCAGUUGAUGACACAACAUUUAACACGUCUGAGAGAGAAAAGGUGGGAAAUGAUGAUACGGUACGAGAAGGAUUGCAAAAUGAGAAAGAAAACCUCGAGCAUAAGUAUUAUACGAUUAAAAAUAAUUUACAAAAAGAAAGAGAACCUUUAUUAGUACCUGAAAUCAAAGUAGUAUCAAUGUCAUCCUUUCACAGUACUGUAAAUACAUCAACUCCUACUACUGGUGCUAGAAUUCACGAUGCUACAACGCGAAAGUCUACACUAUCUGCAAGUACUACACGUUCAGUGAAGAAGAAGAUUCAAGCAGCAGUGCAGAUAGAUGCUGCGGAACGCAUUGAAGUCAAACCUGAAGGAAGAGAGCAACCGUCUCCAGUCGCUGCAGAACCCAUGUUAGAUAGCUAUGAAUACGAUUUAAACGAAAAGUAA